AUGAAUACAUUGCAGCGCCGAGAACGUGAGAUACUUCAACAACUCGAAGCGCAAGAGGACAAUGCGGCAGAAAUCCAUCAGACCUUCUCGAAUUUACGACAAGAAGUUGAUGCAAAAACGAGGAAGUUGAAAAAAAUGUAUCUGCGAUUACAGCAGGUUAUUCGAUCUUAG